CUCUCAAGAAACAUGGCGCGCGUUGUGUGUUGGUUCGAGUCCCUGCGCUGCUGCGGGACCCGGAGGUAACAGCGGUGUCGUCCCGGGGCUCCAGUUGAGAGACGGUGACUGGGUGACGGUUGGGAAGAGAGGCGUCGACCCGGUCGAGAAUCCAGCAAUGGACGACAGCCUGUCUCGGAGGGAGGCAGCUCGUCCGAGGAGGGUGUCUGCCGCUGCCGCGGAGCUUGGAGCUAAUGUUAGCCUGCAAGAUGGCGAGGCGAUCGGGGUGAUCGAAGUGCAUCCUCCGAGAGAAACUCCAACUGCUGCGGACAGACUGAGUGCUGCCGGGGGGAGCAUGGAGAGGAGGAACUCGGCACAGCAAGUGGUCCAUCAGAGGCAUAUGCCGAUGGAGCCGAAGAAGUUCCAUAUACCGAGGAAAACCAAGGAAAAGAGAGCUCUCUUUCAGUAUGUCUCUACUGAAUCCAGGGAGUUUGAAGACAUGAUGAAUAUCCUGACCUCCAGUUACAUCGACACUGGCUCUGCUGGCUGCUUCACCUACUGUAAACCUCGCCUUGUCCAAAGUGAGCUGCUGGAGAAAGAGUUUGUGGAGAAGAGGAGAGAGAUGAAGGCGGACGGGAGGACGGAAAAGGAGCUGGAGGAAAGCUACGGUUUUCUGUUGGCUGAUGCUGUCAAGCUGCCCACGCUCUGUGAGAAGGGGCUGUUUGUGGGUCAGACCUGGAUCACAGUGCUGGGAAACCCCAGUAAAGGAGUGUACCUGUCCAGGUACUCAGACCUGCUCCAGAUUAACUCCUUCACCCCAGGAGCAACAGGGGAGAUCAUCAUCUUCAAAGUGAUGAAGGGAAAAGUGAAGAGCAUCUAUGAAAACAUGAAGAACCUUUUGGAUCCAACGCCUCGCUUCGACAGCCACAUCUCCAAGAAUGCCAGCAAAGUCACCUCACUCACCUCCUACCGCGCCUUCGAACUCACACAGCACUACUUCUAUGAGUAUUCAUUUGAUGAAUUGCGGCAGCGGCCUCGGCAGGUUUGUCCAUACGCCGUCAUCUCCUUCCAGUUUAAAGGAAAGGACUCUCCACUUCCCAGCAAACCUCUGGCCCCCAUCAGGUUGAACAGUCAAUCUGCAGAGGGGAGUAAAGAGCGAGCUCAGUUCACAGUCUGGACCGGCGAUUUAGUUACUGACGACCGGGUUCUGUUCCAGAUCUCCCUUCGCUCCUUCUCUCCUCCCUUCCUGCCCCACAGACUACCAGAGAAGUUGAAAAUCGGUUGUUUGAUGAGGCUUGACCAGGUGACCAAGCUCCUCCCCUCCGGUCUGUUCUCCUACAAACUCUACAACAGCAGCCAAGAAGUUGUGAAGGACGGGUAUUGCUGCAGUCUUCUGGAGGUGGUUGACAGAAGUCGGUCAACGACCAGCGUGACAAAACUACUGCAGGAACUGGAGACGAAGAGAGUGGUUCUGGUGACUCCACUUACAGAGAGAGGAUUUCUCUUUCUACUCUCCAGUGUUCAGAUGGCCACACCCUCUGAGAGAGAGGAAAACUGGAAGAGGUGUCUUCAGGCCUUGUUUGUCUUCCCAGAAACCAGAGAUGUGGCUAAAUCCACAUCAAGGUGUGUCUCCUCUCCCCAUGAUGCCCCAGAGUCGUUGACGUCUGGUGCCACGGUGAUGCCGCGUCUGAGCCAGUUUAUCCCAGCGUUGCAUCAUGCCCUUGUCAAGGCCCGUGCCAACCCCCCCCCUGAGCUGUCUGCCGGUGUGGAGCGCCAGGCACGGGAAUACCUCAUCGGCCUGAAUGAUACCAAGGUUCGACGGUACCCCAUGGGUGAGUACGAUUCCAAACUAGAAGAGCGAGGAAAACCUCCUGCUCCCAAAUCCCACUGGCUGAACAUGGACGGCUACCUGCGCUCCUACCUGUACAACCCCGCCCUCUAUCUGCUGUCAGUGGCUCGAGCAAGGCAGGUGGUGGAGGCGCACUGUGGCCCGGAGGAGCCACGGGAGGUGAGGCCCAGGAAGAGCUCUGGAGGCCAGAGAGAGUCGGUGAGGAAGGAGGUGACAGGCAAAACUAGAGAUGGACAAACCAACACUAAGAAGAUACAGCAGCUGAUAGACCUGGUUUUGACCUGUAAGAGGAAUGCAGAAAAUGAGGUGAAGAGGGAGGAGGGAGGAGAAGGAGGGCCCACAGCACUGGGGAGGAAAAGGAGGCUAGAACAGGAGACGGCGGAGAGGGCCCUUAAAUUCCUGAAGGCAUCGCAGGAACCCGGAAGCCAGGACAAGAUUCCAGUUGAGGGAAGCCAAGUCCCUGCCUCACCUGGUUGUCUUGCAUCUGUGAUUGGCUCAGUGGGUUUGAGAGACAUUGAUCUGAGGGAAGAUGGAUCUGAACUAGCUGCCGAACUUCUCAGCCUACUGACAGGCCUCAAACAGGCUGCCAGGGGAAUGGCCUGUCAGAGCCUUUCUGAGGUGCAGGAGGAGGAACAGAGGGUAUCCUGCCCGUUUGAUAGGCUGGCCACCAAGCUGGGCCUGCCCACCAACUGUGACAUUGACCUGAGGAAGCAGGAUGAGCUGGAGACAGCGGGCAGCGUCAGUAGUUUGGAGGGAUUCAGUCCCAGCUCCCACAGCGGGGAGAUGAAUCACCACGGAGCAGCCAGCAGAGGAGGAGGAGGGCUUGGUAGGAGAACAGGAGGAUACGAAGAGGAGGAGGAGGGGGGGGAGAUCCCAUGGAUCCUCAUCCCCAUAACAGGUCUGUGUUCAGAGCGGUAUACUAAGAGAGACAGAAACAUCCCCCAGGACCCUCGCUUCCAGCACCUCACCACGCCAUCAUUCAUCGCCACAACAACCAAAUCCCCCAGGAAGAGCCCCACCCUGUCUCCUGAGCCCAGCCCUCCCCCAUCUCCCUUCCAGUACCAGUCUCCCGAGCCUAGUCCUCCUCUUUUCCCCUCCCAAUGCCCAUCACCUGAUCCCAGCCCUCCCAUUUCACCCUCCCAAUGUCCGUCUCCAGAGCCCAGUCCCCCUCUUUCCCCAUCCCAGUGCCCUUCUCCAGAGCCCAGUCCCUCCCCAUCUCCCUUUCAGUGCCCAUCUCCACAGCCCAGUCCUCCCCCUUCUCCUUCCCAGGGCAUGUGCCCUCAGCUCAGCCCUCCCCCCUCCCCAUCCCGGUGCCACUCCCCGGAGCCUAAUGAGCACAACCCACUUAACAAGGGCAACAGUGGCGCUAACGAUGAGCUUUUAGUCCCCAAAGCCUCCAGAGAGUUUGCAGGAAUUUCCAAGGAUAGACAAGAGAAACCUCAGGGGGAAGAAAAGAUGAAUGAAGAGCCAUCCAUUUUCGCAUCCAUCCAUCUAUCUAUCCCUCCAGCUCCAGAGAGGACAAGCCCCUCACCACCACCCCCUGAGCAAACGAAGGAGGAUGCAGAGGGGGAAACUGGGGACGUGAAGGAGGUAGAUGCGGUAAUUCUGGCAGAAGAAAAUGAAACUCAACCAGUUGAGAAAGUUCAAAAACAAGGAGAAGAAGAGGCACCAGAGGGUAAACAAUAUGAGGAGGUGGUGGAUAUGAUACAGGAGGUAGCUAGUGAAAAGGAGCAAGAAGGAGAAGCAAAGGAACUGGUAGGUGGCUCUUGGUUUUCCUCGUCCGUCCCCUCACUUCUUGCAUGUCCUCUCAGAGAUAUUGACAGCAUUGUGGACAAACAUCUAGGCGACUUCUCCUCUGAGAUACAAGUACUCCUGCAGGAGGAGAAUGUUCACUACACUUUCCCACAGUCCCCACAUUCUACUUCAAACACAGAAACCCAUGCACCUCAACACAGACUCCCACACACCUCGAUAUCUAAGUUUUCACAGUAUGUGUCUUCCUACAACUCCUGUCCCCCUGUCCAAGACUACAUUAGUUCUCUACAGGACAGCAUUAACAGCAUGUUAACAGAGUUUGGUGACAGCUGGCCAAGCCAAAAUGCUGACAUCAGCCGGACUGAUGCUGAUGCUUCGUUGGCUAGCAGAGUUAGUGCUUUUGUGGCCAGCAUCCGAGCAGCUAAUACUAAAACGGGCGGAGAUGAUGAGGUUUCUGCUCCCUGUGGUGAACUGACAGCUGCUGAUGCCAGUGCUUCAGUCAGUCAAACUCCUGCACUCUGCAGAGGAGGAGAAGUGUGGCAGCCAGAUGCCAUCGCCAGACAGUUUCCUGAUGCUACAAACAGCAGGAAUCCCCCAGCUUCGCAUGUCACUUUAUCUGGUCCUACCUCUGCCUCUGGUUCUGUUUACAAGCCUACUGACACCGCCGUCCUCCAGCCACCCUCUAACAAGUCACCACAGUCCCACUGGAAAUCACAGCAAAGUCACACUUUAGACAUCAACAGGACAGUAGCUCAUAAUGUCAGACAAGCACAAGACAGUAGAAUUACCAAGACAUUACAUUGUACAACUGAUGUAGAAGGUGGGAGUAGUCUUGCAGGGUCAAACUCUGACUUGACUCUCCCAGGGUUCAGCAGUGUCUCUAAGCCCUUGGCAGAACCUUCAAACCCCCCUGAGCCAGUCUCCAGCUCGGCCUCUGUGUCCAUCCCCGCUCCCCCAGCCAAAGCCCUGAGCUCACUGAUUAGCCAGCUGCAGCCAGAGGUGUUCAGAAGUCUGGUGGAGAUCGUCAAAGACAUCAAGAGAAACUCCCUGCAGUUCUACCUCCACAGCACUGAGCCAGGGGACCAGGUCUAUGAAGAUGUCAAGGAACACCUGUUGAAGCAGGGUAACGUGGAGCAGAAUCCAGUGGCGUUUCUGAACCAAGAAAACUCUGAAAACAGACUGUUGGUCAUCAUUAAGAACAAAGACAUAGCUGGACACAUACACAAGAUCCCAAGCCUGGUGUCUCUGAAGCGACACUCCUCUGUUGUGUUUGUGGGAAUCGAUACACUGGACGACAUCAGGAACAACAGCUACAACGAGCUCUUUGUGUCUGGAGGCUGCAUCAUUUCAGAUGAGUUAGUCCUCAAUCCAGACUUCAUCAGUCACGGUCGACUGGCUGCACUGCUGUCAGCACUGGAACAACACAGUUCUCUAGAGAGUGUGUGGAAGUUGAAGGUUCACUGCAAAACCCACAAGAAAUUAAAAGAACAAGCCAGGUUCAGGAGAGAUGCAGCCACCAUAUUGGACGUACUCUCAGCCUAUCAGAAGCGUCAGGUCGUUGAAUUCCUCCCAUAUCAUCACUGCGACAUGAUGAACCAUCAGUCACCUGACUUGGACUGUCUUAUCGAGCUCCAGGCCCGAUACACACAGUACCGACACACAGUCUUCCUGACUGAGCAUCGUUUUGACAAGUUCCCUGCGUACUCCAGUAGUGGCAUCAUCGUGGCCUGUAUCGAAGAAAUUCUGCAAAACUUCACCAGACUGGUUGGUUACCAUGACAUCAAGGACAGGCAGCCAAUCAUGGAUGAACUGCUGGCAACCAAAGAACACAUCCAUCCCCUCUCCUCCGGUGACCAACCCCAACAUCUUCUCCAGCAGCCCGGCUCUAGCCUCCUCCCACUCCCUCAUCUCUCCGACCAGCUCGUCCCAGACACUUCCUGUACGGACGGUGUGCCGCAACAUUCUGACACAGAUUUUGAGGUUCUUCGACUUGCCAUCUCACAGUUGCGGGCUGAGCGUCAGGCUCAGCUGCUGCAACAACAGCAGCAGCAGCAGCAGUUAGACUCCCAGGCAGAGUUGAGUAUCAACCCCCUGAGAAGCUUCCUUCCCAAUCCUAUUUGUACAGGGAGCGGUCACACCACUACUCCUGUUGGUCAGGGAGGUCCCACUGAGUUGGUCCAGCUUACUUCUGGCAGGAAAGCAGUGGUGGACUCUCUGGAUAGAAUUCACUCAGCACUGCAUCCAGAGCUUGGAGAGGGGAGGAGGAGGGAAGACAGAGUGGAGCCUUCCACAGAGGGACAGAGGAGGAGAAGUCGUCGUGGAGGAGGACAAGGAGAAGGAGAGCCUGGAGAGGGUACCCCUUCAUCCAAUCAAAGCACGGCUAAAAUGAGAAGACCAAGUGACCAGACAGACUCAACCAAUGUUGGGAGAGAAGGAGGAGAUCAACAAGGCGAUCCUACAUUUCCCAAAGCAGCUAAACAUGGUGCAGCCUCCUCCAGUACCUCCUCAUGUCCUGUAGAGGGCGACAGAUCAAGAGAGACAGAGUUAGGCCAGGAACAGCCAAUGAGAGGAGACGGAGCAACACCUGGAACAAGCACAGCCAGUGGCGCCAAGGUAACCGGAAGUAUCACCAUGGUAACAGGCCAUGAGGACCACCCAAAUCCUGCUCGGCCCCGAUUACAACAGAUCCAACAGCCUCAACAAUAUCUGCAGCAACUGAACAAUCAGCAACAGCAGCUCCAGCCGAGUCCAUCACACCCACAACAACCACCUCACAGCCAGCAGCAGAACUGGGGCACUGGCCUCCUGCAGACCCCCCUCCUGCCUCGACUCCCUAGCCAGCCUUUCUCCGCGGGCCCCAUGCUGAGGCCUCUGACUGCGCUGGGCGGGACAAGGGGCCUCCUGGGGCCCACACCUGUCUGGCCAGGGGGCCUGGGCCCUGCAAGUGCUGCUGCCCUGGUGUGGGGCUUCCAGCAGACUGGCACUGGUCCUGCACUGCUGGGGGUAUACCACAACCCUGCAGGUCAGGGCAGCAACCGGUACAGAGGGGGGCAGAGAGGAGGCUUCAAUGGGAUAUAGAGAGCCAGUUUAGCGGAACCAGCUGAUCAACCCAGGUAACCUGCUGCAGCUCAUGUAGCAGGUUUAAGAAGGGGAGGUAAAGCCAAAACUAAAACCCUGUCACCAGAGUGUACAGAACCUCAUUCUAGACAAAUGAAGAUGUUGAAACACACAUCCCGAACACUAACAGGAAGUAAACUGAAGGAAGUAGGAAGGAGGAGACCGAGAUGCACCGUGGUUCUUAAAGUAGAAACUGAGACAAUGGAAGGACUUUAAAACUAAAAACUGUAAAUGAAUAAGAUGGACAGACUGACUUGAACGUCUUCCAGUGGACACUCUUUAUGUCUUGUAAAAAAAAAAAAAAAAAAGUUUUUUGUACUAAUGUUUGGGAGCUGUUUGCGUUUAGUUGCUGUUGUAUGUAGGAGGUGACUGCAACAGACUGGUUUUAACUUUGUUUUUUUACAUCAGAGGUUUUUUGUAUUAAACUUGCCUGCGUAAACCAGACAGUUUGCCUCAAUAUUUUUUGGUCUCAGAUUGAGUUUACCACGUGAUGGUAACAAGAGAUCGUUGCGCGGGCAGGGCACCGUGGAGGUUAAAAGUCUGAGUUUGAGGUCUUCACAACAUGGGACGGAUCUGAAUUUAUUGUAAAUUAAUGUACGGUUGAG